AGAGAGAGGAUGGAGGACUGGUUAAAAAUAUGGCAACCACGCUAGUGUAUCCAACAACAACUAUUACUUGCAUCAUCCACCACCGUUUCAUUAGUAGACCACCACCAGCCUUGUUUUCAAAAAUCUCAUCUUCAAAUAAUCGCAACCACCUCCACCUGACAAAAAUCCGGUGCACCAUCGGAGGAGGAGGAGGUACUAGAGAUGAUGAUAACUCAACAACCACCACCACCGAUAAUGAUUCAUCUGGAAGCAUGAAUGACUUGCUUCUGAAAACUGCUUGGUAUGCCUCCGAGCUUCUUGGAAUUGCAGCAUCGCUUUUCCGGAGUAAUCAAAAUACGACGACCACACCCAUUAUUAUUAUGAAUAAUGGUGGAUCAUCGUCCAUUAAUAAUGUUAUUGACCGCUCCAUCAUAGUUGAUACCAUCAAACAAGAUUUUCAGAGGUCCUAUUUCGUUACAGGUGCUGUUACGGUAGAUGCAUAUGAAGACGACUGUGAAUUUGCUGAUCCCGCAGGUUCCUUUAAAGGGGUAGCUCGUUUCAAAAGAAACUGUACAAACUUUGGAUCUCUUAUUCACAAAUCAAACAUGAAGCUUAUGAAAUGGCAAGAUUUUGAGGAUAAAGGAAUCGGGCAUUGGCGUUUCAGUUGCACCAUGUCAUUCCCAUGGAAACCUAUUCUUUCAGCUACAGGUUACACCGAGUAUUAUCUCAGCAAAGAAUCAGGAAAAGUAUGCAGGCAUGUGGAGCACUGGAAUGUCCCAAAGAUGGCAUUGUUUAAACAACUCCUGACGCCUAGAAGAGGAUUUUGGAGUAAGUAACAGCCAGCCAUUGGUAUAAUGUUUAAGUUGCAGACAUCAAAGCUAAAUGUUCAACUCUCCGUCUGACAAAGUUGGCUAAAAUGCACCACAUGCAAUACACAACCCAUCUUCAUACACGUAUGUUGUGUGCUUAUCCCCAUUGCUAAAUAGGUCAGACUCCAUAUACAAAUUUAGAAAUUGCAUAUGAUCCAACAUGUAUCUUGAUGAUUGUAUAGAAAGAAACAUGUAAUAUUUAACACCAUAAUAUUCUUUAAAUUGUUACCUAUGAGAAUUUGCCAUUUUGUUAA